CCCAGUGGAGUAGCGCGAGAUUCAUUACGUCUGUUUAUCGGCCCGACCUGGGCCUUUUCCGCCAUGGUCGGCCCUGUGAGACCUUACCCUCCUCCACAUUGGAAUUAAAAGCGCCGCCGGUUAAAGAGUGACAGAGGAGGAAUAACGAGGGCAAGACAAUCCGCCGUCCCGAUGGGUCCCUGUGCUCGCGAAUUCGUCCGCAGCAGCGCCGUGAGGUCGUUUGUAUUUAGUUGGGUUGCUCGCCCAUCCGCUUGAUAGAGAGAAGUCGCGACCAUUUGGAAACCGAACAAUCCAUCUUUCAGUCAAAGAUCACAAUGUUCUCCCCGGAUUACUUCCACACAGCGGCAGCACCCAAGCUGCAAGACUACCAGGAUUACGCCCAGGCUCAUAUCCGGGAUAGGCGUAUCUCACUCUCACCUUUGGCCAAAAAAUGGCUCAGGAAUUACAGAGAGCCCUACAAAGGCUUCACCUCGGAUGGGAACAUUGUCCCCGGUCUCUGGAAAUCAAACCCCAAUGCCAAUGGACCUACCCACGCGAUGGUGGAUGCAGCUCAAUACUUGCUUUCAGUAGCAUCGGCAAAUGAAAAGGCUCGGUUCCGUCACCUCGUCACUGCUAGAGAAUGGCGUGCCUGGUCAAACCCCGAGGUUCUUGUCAUGGAGUGCGGCCUUCGCGUUGAUGCCAUGAGCACAGACACGAUGAAUGCAGUGUACGAGCUACUUAGAGCAUCACUGAGUCCUGAAGGCUUCGAGAAGGUGUGGGUGGCGAUGAUGAUGAGCAACUCUGAAAACUCGGAAGACUUGCACCGCAUCGCUGGCUACCAAUUCUGCUUGUUUGGCGAGCCUGGUCCAUAUUCACCUUGGGGGUUCAACCUUUUCGGCGACAACGUGUGCGUCAAUGUCUUCACUCUCAGCGGAGAAGUGGUGAUUGGGCCAUUCUUCGUUAGUGCAGGCCCCAGCUUUACCGAGCAAGGUCUGGUAGAAGGUGUACAUGUGUUCGAGAGGGAGGAGGCAGCCGGACUCGCUUUGAUGGCCUCCCUCAACCCCGAACAACAACGCGAAGCCAGUCUCCUUGGUGAAAUUGAGGACUUCAGCGCAGAUCAGGAUCUUUUCGACCCGAUGGACUACCGCAGCCUUGGUGGAGCACAGCAAGAUAACAGGAUCGUGCCUUACGAAGGCAUCUGCGCAGCCGACCUCAGCUACGAGCAACGAAGGGCGCUCCUGGACAUCGUGUGCUCGUUUAACCAAGUAUUACCACAAGACUCGCUGGAACUGUUUAUGCAGCGUGUUGAGAAGCACCUCGACGAGACAUACUUCUCCUGGCUCGGCCCUGUCCAUAUCGAUGCGCCUUUCUACUUCCGCAUCCACAGUCCUGUGGUCAUGGACGAACUCGAUCACCAAGACGGUAUCAUGGUGCCCGGAGCAUCGAGCAGACAAUACCAAAUCCACGCGACGCAGCGUCUGCCCAACCGAGGAGACUAUGGAGCAGCGUUGCUCGACGAGUGGGUUAUGAAGAUGGCUGGAUUUGACCGAAUCGGCAGCAUGGUUCGAUGAUUGAGAGUGGUUUGGCGAUUUGAUUGUUUCAACAGCGCUGGCGCAUAGGCGAUUGGGAUUCUGCGAUGACACACUUUUACGAUACCCUUUAUGAUUAAUGAAAACCAAGA